AUGGAUGCCGAGAAACGAACGGAUGUGUUUGUUAGGCCAGUGCGGGACACGACGACAGGUCCAAAGCGACCCGAGACAUCAUUAGACUUCUUUGACAAAUACCCAGCCCCGGUUCUCCUCACAACACUGGGACUGCAUAUGUGUGUCAGGGAAGAAAGUGUGGCUGCCCAGAACCCGAGGCUUUGGGUCGGGGCGACCAGGGAUGUUCGCGCUGCUGCUCGCAGGAUUCUGACGGUCAUUUCUCCCAUUCCAGUUAGAGUGUCAUCGGCACAUGUGAAAAUGCUGCGGAUAGACAAGGAGGGCUUGCUGGGCCUGGCUAGCACCUGUGUGGGCAAUCAGGAUUCCCGUCCGCUGUUACCUGCUUUCCUGAGUUCUGUGUGCCUGUUUGGUCCUCCCGGGACGCCUGGUUGGUUCCAGUCAGUUGGGCUGAGCCAGGGGUCAGGGGCCUGGACAGGGGAUGUCUCGGGCCUUUCUGACGAACCAUUGAAUUUGGGUGGUUCUCAAGCGUCGUAUCCCUCGCUUGGCUAUAGACAAUCUCAGCUGAAGCGGAAGAAACCCUGCUGCAAGGAGGACAAUGUCGCCUGUCAAAACCCAAUGAUACUCUGUAAUUCGCACAAAGAGGCAGAAAUAUAUCGAGUCAACCCGAGCAUCUGGGACACCCAAACCCAGAGGGAUGGACUUGGGAGCCGUGCCGCAGUGAAUCCCCGUGGCGCCACGUCUCUGGCUGCCGAACUCCGAGUCCUGGGCCAAUACUUGCAACCUUUGGCUUUCGCUAAUGUGCUGACGAUGGCUUGCUCGACAUUCCACACCCGGUGGACGUUGAGAGCCAAGCACCUAAACUCUCGCUUCCCACCGAUGUGCAGUCACGUCUGCCAAGUUCAUCCUGGGGUAUCAGCUAGGUUCGGCCGCUGGCCCGCUACUUUUCGGCCCUACCCGGCGGACGCCAAUGUCUCUUGCAGUGGAGGCCAAGAACUAGGCCGGACUGGGCCCAAAGGUAUGGUCGUCUUACCUACCUGUGAAAGACCUUUGGACGAGGCUGGUGCCGCAAAGAGCUUCGUGCCGCUCCCCAACAUCAGUUUGAUAACCGCAGCCGGCUGCAAGGUUGGUACAGCCUCAUCUGCAAGCCUGCAGUUCUUCUUGUUGUACGGAACGCCCCUGAUGAUGUGGAAUCAUUACCAUCGCUCUCGGAAGGUGGAAACGCCAUUGGUUGAGCAGUGUGCUGCAUGUCGCAGCUCAGAGAUGAGACACACUCGUGGUCAUGGAGAGUUCAUCGCAAUCCAGCCUUCAGGAACGAACGUGUCGGACAACGUCGCGGUGACCACCAGUUGUCUCGUCCAAUCUCCGUGCCCGUACUCCGCAACCUUUUGGGCAGCCUUUCGUGAAAUCCAGCUGGCGAAGUUGUAUAUUGGUUUUGCAGAUACGAAGGAGCGCAUUUCUUUUUCGUCGGCGUCGGCGUGGGAUGGAGUGGAUGUUGUCAAUAGAGAUGCCGGGAGUGCAUUUCAUCUCCACUCUUCCCGCUUGACCAACCUCAAUUGUGCGCCGGGGAUGACCGCCAAUGGGACCGGCAUUUGCGGGCUUCUGACCAAUGUGAAGCUCACCGGCUGUUCAGGGGUGCCCGAUGAUCGCCUCCCUCAGAGCCCCGAGAUGUCGCCAGCGCGGCUAUCUUGCAUCGGCGCAACGCUCGUCACGAUAAUUUUGGACACUGCCUUUCUUUCCCCAUGUGUGUUCAAGAUUACGUGCCGUGCCUAG